AUGUUGGACCGUUGGGCCAUGUGGCUGUGUAUUUUUGUUCUCUCGUUGUGUUAUCAUCACGGCAAUGCCGUCGUUCGGGCGUUGGACCUGACCGACGCCGAGAUCAAGGACUUGGCGCAGAAAAUGAGAGAUGCGGACUAUGACAGGCCCAAGUUCGACACAGAGUUCCUCGUGAAUUUUCACGAUUACAAGAACAAAAGCAUUAACUACGCCUCGAAACCGUGAGUUCAUGGCAAUAAAUAAUAUCAGUCUGUCGGGGAAAUAAUAAGCACAAUGUCGCUACGCCCACGACACAAUUCAUUUUUUUGGUGGCGACGCGAUUUUCGUUGCGACAGAGUGCUCAUUAUUUUCCCGACAGAACAAUAAAGUUCAAGGACUUUUGUCGCGCUUCGCACCGUGCACCAAAGACACCCCACACAUCAGAUACAAAAUUUUUUUACUUAAAUCGAGAAAUCUGAUUUGGAGGUUCUAUUAGCAUUGGUCCAUAUAUGGGAGGUGCUUUAUAAAUUUCAGCGCACUUGUCUGUUCGACCCCUGCGGAUUUCGUCCAAAGUUAACUUUGGACGAAAUUCGCCCAAUCUCGUCCAAAAAUUUCAUGGACUUUUUGCCGGAUCCAAAGUGUGGACUAAAUCUGCCGGUAUUAGUCCAGGCAAAUUUGUUCCCGUGGACUUUUGCUUUUUCGUCCAUCUAGAUAGACGAAGUCCACUCCGUGGACUAAGUCCAAAGUUUGGAUUUUUUUACAUUUUUGGUUGGAAGAUCAAAAUUUGACUUUUGAAAUCUGUGUAUGUUGUACUAGGUAUUAUACAUAUUUUUUGGGGCGGAGGGGGUGGAAAAAAGUGGUGAGGGGGGACCAAGAACAAAUUUUUCCUCUAGGAAGCGAAAUUUUUACAGGACUGCCUGUGCAUCCUAUUUAUUAUAUUGUACUAGCAAAAAAGUGGUAAAAGGGGACCGAGGCCAAAUUUUUGCUGUAAGAAGCGAAAUCUUUUACAGAGCUGCCAGUUCAGGCAUUUUAGUAUAUUGUACUAGGUAUUUUUACGAGUUAUUGGUUGAAUUCAGCUAGUUCUCAAGACGAAACCGUCUAUUUGAUCAUACUGAUUUAUUUUUGACAUCCUAAAUGUUCUUUAGGAUGUCAAAACAGCCAAUGUACUCUAGAAAAAAACCAACUGCGAGUAAGGGGCCGACAAGAAACAAAAAUUAACGAUGUAAAACAUCGUUGACUCCGCGCAUAUAGCUAAAAAAACACGUGAAGACUGUAAAAUACAGCCGUAAUCAAGUUAAAAGCCAGGAGAACAAAGAAAUACAUGAAGAAAAACUUGGUAACAAAAAAUUUUGACAGUGAAAUCUGUCAAAUCACAGGGCGCAAAUUGCGGAGCCUAGCGUAGUCCCGAAAAUAUGUCAGGAUGACACCCGUUUAAAACGCGGCAGUCUAUUAAAAACGGUUGUAAAUGACUACCAGCACUCCCUAGUGUACUCUGAAAAAGACACCAGGUUCAAAACUUUCGCUCAUCCAAACUAUGAAGUUUGGAUGAUGCAUUUUCUGAAUUUUUUUUGGCGGCGAGAAAAAUAAAUUUUUCGUCACAAAUAAGUUUUCUUCAUGGGUAAUGUUUUUUUCUGGCUUAUAAUUAUGACCACGGCUGUAUUUUACAGUCUUCACGUGUUUUACCUAUUUGCGCGGAGUCAACGAUGCUUUACAUCGUUGAUUUUUGUUUCUUGUCGGCCCCUUACUGGCAGUUGGUUUUUUUUUCUUGAGUUUGCGCUAACAUUGGCUACUUUGACAUGCUAAAGCACAUUUAGGAUGUCAAAAAUAAAUCGGUAUGUUCAAAUAGACGGUUUCGUCUUGAGAACAAGCUGAAUUCGGCCAAUGACUCUUUAAAAUACCUAGUACAAUAUAAGAAAAUGCCUGAACUGGCAGUUCUGUAAAACAUUUCGUUUCUUAUAGCAAAAAUUUGUCCUUGGUCCCCCCUUACCACUUUUUUCCACCCCUCCGCCCCAAAAAUCUCAACAGUAACCUUAAAAUGUAAAAAUACGGGGUGUGACUUCAAAUCCCAGAAUAUUACUAUUUUGGACUAAAAAUGGCGGAUUUAGUCCAAAGUUAACUUUGGAUCGAAAACAGCAAAUUCAGUUCAAGUCCAUGUGAUUAGUCCAAGGGUAGGAUAAAUUCAAUUUAUCCAAGGAGAGGGGUCCCAAAUGGACUUGGUCCAUUUGAGGCCCGAAAUUUUGAAAAAUUCGUCAAGUGGGUGGAUUUUUUGAUUUCGUCCAGACAAAAAAAAAUUUCGUCCACUCUUAGGACGAGAUUGAGCGAAUUUCGUCCAAAGUUAGCUUUGGACGAAAUCCGCAGGGGUCGAACAGACAAGUGCGCUGAAAUUUAUAAAGCACCUCCCAUAUAUAGGAAAUAUCCGAAAUAUUAUCAAAAUUCGUCUAUACAAAAAAAACGUUGAUGCGAUUUGAAAAUUUGGGAUUAAAACAGGCGUUUUUGGAACUGAAAACAAUUGCGAUUGUUGGAAUUGCGGGUUUUUCUUCACCAAUCAUGCUCAUUUAGAUCUAAUCUAUCAAUUACCGGCUAAAAAAGACGGUUUUCACAGUGUGCCAUAACGUCAGCAUGUUAUACAUGACAAUAUUCACCACUAAAUUUUUUAAGGUUUUGAAGCUGCAAAUCAUUCUUACAAAAAGUGAUAUUGAUUAUAAGAUCAAAUUAGUUUCAAAACAUCCGUUUUUACCCUAAAAAGUUCAAAAAUUGAGGAACUGGGUUGUUGUAUAGAUACAGGGUGACCCAAAAUAACGGAGACAAAAGAUUUCCCGUUUUUUCUGCGACUUAUGAAGAUUCAUGAGUGAUUCCUUAUUUAUACUACAGUACCACGUUAGUGUAGUUUUAUAUACCGGAAGUUUUGUUGUACGACGCUCUUGUGCCUUGAACCACAUCAAUAUAUCCGGUUGACUCGGACCUUUCUGCCCGUGGGGUAUUUUUGCGAGAAAGCUGCCUUACUCAAAAAAGAAAAUUCGGAAUUGUUUGAGAUUUGCUGUGCUUAAUUAUCAUAAUAUAGCCUUUAAAACGGGCCAUCUCAACUAUCGAUGGUUCAAAAGUUACAGCCGAGUAUUUUCAGGCAGUUGAAGUGCAAAAAUCGGCCUUUUUUGAAAAUGUAGGCGUAAAAAGGAGUUUAAACGUUAGAUAAGGCAAAAUGUAAUAUGAGUUACUAGAACAUGAUUAAAGGAACACCAUAGAACCAAAAGAGAAACAUUUUGUAUACUUCUACGGAAUGCUAUUUGGUAAUCACUAGGAUUCUGCCUUAUUUUUGCCGUAGGCGGAAUACCAGUCGAGCCGGUGACACAUAAAGACCGAAAGUGCCCUAGGCUGAUUCUCAAGAGUCGUAUUCAUAAAUGUACAGGAGCAGAAUGCGCCGUUUUUAUCUAUCUUGUCAUUUUGUUAUCGAUAACCCAUCUUUCUCAAAGCCGCGUGCCAUGGGGUAGUUCUGGGCGAGAAACUUGUUAAGGAAAAUCUGUUGCAACCAGCAAGCAAUCACAGCGUUUUCCAGAAUUAUUGUAUUUAUGAAUAGAAUACGUUCUAGCGGUUUUAGCUUUAUUCUAAAAAAACUGAAUUUUUUAUGGAAAAAAUUUGGAAAAAAUUGCGAUCUUCAAUGUUGAGAUCGGUACCACCGUAGAAAUAAAAACCGUAGCCCAGAAACCUACAUAAUUGCUUGCUUAGAGACGUAGUAGUCUAGCAAAACAAAUGAACUUUCCAUUUCUGCGGCUGUAGUACAGCCAUGCUCUACACAACACAAAGGAACCAAAAUUGAGGGCCAAAAAACGGCGCAAGGCAUUUUUGUUAAGCUGUAACUUUUUACUGCGACAUGAUGACUCCGCCAAAUUUUCGUGAAUUAUAGAGAAAGUCUUAUAGAAUAUUACCCACUGUCGCUUGUGUUUUUAUAACGCCCGGGUUUCGCGGUGGGACCCUUCAAAAAUUUGUCUCCGUUAUUUUGGGUCACCCUGUAAUGUAUAAUAUCGAAAUUUGUACCAAAAAACGGAUGAUAGGCUUCAAAAAAGGAAUUGAAAACUAUGUUACUAACUAAAACCGUCGAUGGGUCAAAGAAAUAAUCCGUAUGUUUCUCACUUUGCAGGUCUGUAUCAAUUCCGUAUUAUCCAUGAUAGUGAGACCAUCUUAGGAGGCUAUGUCGCCGGCCGGCGCUUUAGCAACGCGGCAACGUCAUUCUAGUUUUUAUGAAAAGGGGACACCUUAACAAGUCCAAACGAGGUCUGAGCCCAGCUACUAGUCGCGACAUAAAGUCCGUAGAAUUUUCUGCACUGUGCAUUCACCCAAAAACACAUUUUGCACUGUGCAAUUUUGUUGAUUUUGCCUUAUUGUCGCGCGCGAUUCCCGUUUUUCGCAGCGACAAAUCAACAUUUCGGAGCGCGACGGAAUUUGGGGGCCGCGAAAAAUUCUACGGACUUUAUGUCGCGACUAGUACUAGCCCUUUUUUGAAUCUUAUUUUAAUCAUGUUGUACAUGGUAAAGUUAUGAAAACAUAUGGUGGAGAUUCUUUUCCAUCUAAAAAGAAAUACGUAGCCAACGAAAGGACGUUACUACGGUUUCAAAAUAUAGAUUACCGAUGCAGCAAACCUAAAUAUGAACAUGUGAAGACGUAUGUUAUUCAUGCUAAAUUGAUGGCAAAAUGUCAUUUAAUUUGGCAUUAUGGACUCUGAAAGGUUUUAUAAACUGAGAUACCCUAUAAUGAAUGUGUCCAUGCAGUGAGCAGCCUUAGCCGUUGCAAAACCGAAAAAUUUUUUUGGUAUACCAAGUUUGAUGUAUUACGCCAUCAUCUCCAAAACUUGCAGACCAAUUCUGCCGAAACUUUUCAUAUAGAUAGAAAAUAACAUUAUUGAUAACUCCUACGAAUCAGAUUUCUUAAUAUAAGUUGCGUAUUGGCAAAAUUCGAAUCAGCGUUUUCAAAAAUUCCAAAUUUUGCAACCUUUUUGUAGGCUUCCCAUGAGGUCGCCAGACCCCAAAUUAAUUUUUAAAAAUAGGUAGAUGUCUUUUCUUUAAAACACGAUUUCUGACUCGGUGAAUUAGCCGUGGACAUAGAAAUUUUUCGAUUUUGAGAUUUACAGCUGAAUAUGUCCGCACCCAUCAUAUAAGUGUGUUCCUGAAGCCUUUUGCCCUAAUUCUCCCGUUAACCUAGUUUUAUUUACAAUUUAAGAAAUUUACAGUAACGUAAAAUAGCUCAAAAUUGAGAAGGCGUAGAGCCGAAAAACUGUGGCCAUGUAUGUUUUUGGGCACUGGGAAUCCAAUGGAGGUGAUUUCGGAUCGAAAGGAUUACUGUAACAUAGCAAACUUACGCUUCGGCCGCACAAAAUCGGCCGUAAAAAAGUUGUUUCUAAAAACCCACAGCUGAAUUUUUGAUAUGUUAAUCAGCAUAAAAUUCUGCCCUAGAAACAUUCAAAAAAGUCCAAAAAUCCGUGUUGCUAUUUUCGUGGUAUAGUGGAUUUUGACAAAAUCUACCAAUCUGACGUCCCGGGUUCGAGUCCGGGUGGGCGCAAAUCACUGAGAAUUGGUCGGGAAUGACUUCAAUGGAGGGAAUAUAUAAGCUUGAGUUUAUUUUAGGUGAUUUUGAUAAGAUUCUGACAGUUUUCAGAUUUUUUUGCCUAAAAAAGCCGAAAAUACAACUUUUUGACAAAUCGUAUUUUACACUGCUUUUUUGUGUUCAUGACACAAUAAGAAUGUAUAUGUAGUGUUUGUAAGGGGUCUCCAACAAGUAGAAACCAUUUCCUGAGUAUUUGGACAUUAUACUUGGUAUCUGUUAAUCUUGCCUCAUACAGACAUCUGUGGGAACUAUAAUCUUGGCUAGUGACAACGUAAUUCACUGCUUUGUGACCAUACUUCACAUUUUUUUCAGAAAACGGUUCAUUAUUGAAGUGAUUUUCUUCUAUAGAACAAUCGAUGAAACGCGGAGAAAAUUUCAUUUUCAAACUAGAUUUCUUGUGGUUACCCGCCAAAUAAUUGAAAUGUUAUGCUAGUUAUACCAUUUACGGACAAUUUGGCAAGUCAGAGCAAAAGGAAGUGCAAUCUGGAAGAUCUAUCCAUUUCCUGCUUAUCAGGUGUCAAGUACAACAUUAAACAAAUUUUUUAACGGGUGGGAUUGUCGAAGAACCCCUUAAAAUUGUUACAUAUAAGUUUUUAUUGUGCCAUGAACACAAAAAAACAGUGUAAAAUACGAUUUGUCAAAAAGUUGUAUUUUCGGCCUUUUUCCACCAAAAAAUCUGAAAACUCUUCAGAAUCUUAUAAAAAUCACUUAAAAUAAACUCAAGCUUAUAUAUUCUCUCCAUUGAAGUCAUUCCCGAUCAAUUCUCAGUGAUUUGCGCCCACCCGGACUCGAACCCGGGACGUCAGAUUGGUAGAUUUUGUCAAAAUCCACUAUACCACGAAAAUAGCAACACGGAUUUUUGGACUUUUUUUGAAUGUUUCUAGGGCAGAAUUUUAUGCCGAUUAACAUAUCAAAAAUUCAGCUGUGGGUUUUUAGAAAAAACUUUUUUACGGCCGAUUUUGUGCGGCCGAAGCGUAAGUUUGCUAUGUUACAGUAAUCCUUUCGAUCCGAAAUCACCUCCAUUGGAUUCCCAGUGCCCAAAAAACAUAUAUGGUAACAAUUUUACGGCUCAGUAUCUUCUCAAUUUUGAGUUAUUUGACGUUACUGUAAAUUGCUUAAAUUGUAAAUAAAACAAGGUUAACGGGAGAAUUAGGGCAAAAGGCUUCAGGAACACACUUAUAUGAUGGGUGCGGACAUAUCCAGCUGUAAAUCUCAAAAUCGAAAAUUUCCUAUGUCCCGGCCUUGCACACGGCUGAUUCAGUGAGUCAGAAAUCGUGUUUUAAUUUGGUUCAUAUCUUGGAAGAAUGCCGCAAUCAUACCUUGAAAACUAUCAAUUUUCCCGAGGCCCAUAAAAAAUUUUAAAAAAAUAAAUGCCAAAAAUCCUUGGCAUUCCGUUUGUAUCUGAUGUGCCCCAUGUUGCACCGUGCAUUCCACAUUUUUUUCGAUUUUUGCACUGUGCGACGAAAUAUCGCUCUACGUCGCCGCGAUUCCGCCCAGACAUUUGCACAGUGCAAACCGGUUUUUUGAGGUUUACACUGUGCGAAAAGACGGAAUGCACUGCGCGUUAGCGACAAGCGUCGGAAAUGGUUGAAAUGCACUGUGCGAAAAGACGAAAUAAGCGUGUGUCGCAGCGAUCUUGUUUGAGGUAUCAAAUUGCACUGUGCAGCCGAUAUGAAAAUGCUAAUAUGAAGAUACUAAUAUACAUCUUGCAGGUUAUUCAAUCUUACCCAGCCUUCCCUUCUUGAGCGGCCCGUCUACAAAGCCCUCUUGGAUCUGACGGAAGGCUUUUUCACUCCGAGGGUCGGAAUCGCCGAAAUGUCCAGUGAGAAGAAGGAUCAGGCGCAGUUGGCUUUCAUUAAUAACGUCACUAACAGUAGUCCCUUCAUGCAAUUAUACAAUGUCCUCAGGGAGAAGAAUCAUACGUUCGCCACGGGUAAUGCCACCCUCAGUAAGUCCCUGACCGAUCUGUGGUUCGGGAUGUUCUCCAGAUCACAGGUGUUGGAUUCCUCGACUUUCGAGCACGUCUUCCUCGGCGAGGUGAGCUGGGGAUUAUGUAAUCAUGUAUAUUAUAUACCUGUGUCGGGCAAAUAUCAGUCUGUCGGAAAAAUAACGGCGGAUCAUCGCAUCAAAAUGUCUCGCCUCGCCGCUAUCGCGCACCAAAUCCCAAGUCGGGGCUUGCAGUCGCAGAGCGAUGUGCUCAUUAUUUUCCCGAUACAUACACUGAUACAGUGGGGGAUCUGAUCCAGCGGCAAAAAACGUAUCAUUUUGCAUCCGGGAAGUAUCAAAAAAUGCGGAAAAAUACCUCCCACUACAAUAAAAAACUCCAUUUUGAAAUGCGCACCCCUUCCCUCACAAAAAGCGCGCUUUUUAAAUCGGAGUUUCUUCACUCGGGUAGAAAUGAGUUUUGCCACAUUUUUGACACUUCCCGGAUGCAAAAUGGUACGUUUUUUGCCACUGGAUCAGGUCUCCCACUGUACCUUUUUUAGAUCAAGAAGGGACAAGUCAUCGGGAUGCAUAACUGGGUAGUGAUGAACAAGUACGAAAACAACGAAACAGAUAUAAAUAAAACCCUCCACUACAGAGGAUAUAUCGAGAAGAGAGCGGUAAGUCAUGUCUAGACUUGGCUCUCGGGCCGGCCCGAAAAUUGAGAAGAAGUAAAAAACAUUAAUUCGCUAUCAGAUGUGACAUAUUUUUCUUUACUAUUAUAUAACAACUAACAGUACAUUUUUAAAGCAAAAAAUUACUUGCCAACGCAUUGCCUUUUUAAAAUAUCCCGAGAUCCGUUUUCAGACUGUUAAAAAUUGCCCCAAGAUCAAUUUUACAUAUUCAGCAAAGGUGGAACCACGUUUAACAAGGUUUUCAACUUCAAGAUGAUAGCGUUGCUUCACACGACUUCUUAACUGUGUUUUUAAGGAUGUCGGUUACGUUUAUUUUGAGUUUUUGUUCAAAAAAUUACUACAAACACUAAUAUUAUACAUUAGGGAGACAUACCGCAAGUUCGAAUCCGCGAGUUCGAAUGCCUAAAGUUCGAAUGACUAAAGUUCGAACGACCUCCAGUUCGAACUACCUAAUGUUCGAAUGACCGUAACUUUGAAUAACCUAAAGUUCGAAUGACUAAAGUUCGAAAAUGAAAAAAAAAGUUAAUUAAUAUUUAAAUUAUAAUUUGCAUAUAAUUAUUUUGCAAAAUACACUUCCUCUUCAAUCAUUCAUUCAUUCUCUACGAUGGAGGUUGGUGGUGUCGAGCUGAUCAAGAUUCGUCACGGAGCCAAUCCAACUGUGUCGUUCUCGGGAUUCGUGGCUUUGUGUGGUGGAUAUUGCUUCCUUCAUAUUUGGUAAUUUGGUAACCCGUUUUUCCGAGUUCGAUUUUCCGUCUUUUUUGAAUGAGAUCGCAAAGACUUUAAGUUAAAAUUAUCCUAUUUUAUAAACAAAAUCUAUUUUUCUGUUUUAAUUCUUUUUUUCAUUCUGCAUUUUUUAUAUUUUCAUAUUUCGAACUUCCGGUUUUCGAUCUUUUGGUUUUUCUAAUUUGAGGUUUUUCGAACUUCUAGUAUUCGAACUUGCAGCAUUCGAACUUGCGGCAUUCGAACUUUUGGUUGUCGAACUUGGGGUUUUUCGAACUUCCGGUAGGCGGUCAUACAUUAGUACUUUACAGAUUUUACUAGUAAAAUUACUUAUUAUUAGUCAUUUUUGAGUACUUCCGUGUAUUAUUUUUAUAAAAUUAUGCUUACUGUAUGAAAAAUAUGGACCCAUUCUUGGCUUUGCGUUUUAAUUUUAUUGUCAACCCAACUUUUCGCUUUGAAAUUCAGAAUUUUAAUUUUGCCGGGCCGGCCCGGGCCGAAAGUUACGGCCCGGCCCGCGGGCCGGAACAGGUCGGCCCGGCCCGUUUCAAUUUUGCUUUGGCCCGGCCCGAACACCGGCCCGGCCAGGCCCGGCCCGGCAGCCAAGUCUAGUCAUGUCGCCCAACGAUCACACAAUUUUACAGGAUAUCAUUAUGGGGGCCAACUUUUUAUGGGGCAGGCGGAAGAAGCCGUAUGGAAGUUUCUUCAUUGGGACGUCGCCGGCGUUCGACUUCUCGCUCUUUACGAUGUGUAUCUUGGCCAGACGGGACGAGAAGUGCGAAGUGAGUUGUGACUUAUAUUAGUACUAAAAAAAGUCCUGAGAAAUUUGCACUUUAUGAAAAUACUAAUAGCAUUGACCGCUAAAAAAAUUUUAGGUAAUAAUCGAUGAAUGCCCAGUGUCUGUGGUUAGCCGUGCCAUGCAAUGGAAUGGAACAAGCGUCAUCUCGACCGUCUUUCCGAUCCCUGGCAAUUCAAGUUGGCGGUGUGAUGCCAACUUCGAGCGACGGAAGAUGUUGGCGGCUUCACUGAGACCGCCAAUUCUUUUCCACGAAUUUGCAUAG